AUGGCUUUUGCUGCCGCCCUUUACCACCCCUACGCCGACCCGAUCCUCGGCUUCGCCGCCAUCGAGCUCACCGAGGACCGGUUCAAGCUGCACAAGCCGUACGACCUGCCGCCGGAGCAGCGGUACGAGUUCCGCGACGGCGUGCGGCGGAUGUGGGUGUUCUGCGACGACAAGCUCCUCAGCCCCGGGAGCCCCACCAAGCCGCGCUCCGAGAUCCUCCUAAAUGCGAGGUACACAGCCGGGGUGUGGCAGUUCGAGGGCUACGGCUACGUGCCGGCAGGCACGUCGGGGGUGGCGGUGAUGCAGGUGUUCGGCGCAUGCGCAUCGGGGCGCAACACGACGCUGAUGCUGCACGUCUAUGGCGGCCGGCUCAUGUACUACCACGACGAGGCGCGGGUCGUCGACGGCGACAUCUACGACCGGUGGUUCCGGCUGAACGUUGUCCACGACGUCGACGCCGGGAUGCUCACGGUGUUCAUCGACGGAGAGGAGAGGCUCGCCGUCGCAGGCCACGGCGGUUACCGGCACUACUUCAAGUUCGGGGUGUACACGCAGACGGACCCCUCGCACUACAUGGAGUCGCGGUGGAGGGAUGUCAAGGUAUACACCAAGAUUUGA